UAUGAAUAAGGGAAGGACAAAUACGUGCAUUCAUGUAGCCAUGUUUUUUAUCUCAGAGGAUUAGAAAAGUAUUUGAUUUUCAAACUCUAGACUUAGUAUAAAAACACACCUCAGACAAUCAAUCUUACAAAUCUGAACAAAAAUUUAUUCCCAACAUUUUAAACGAUGGCUUUGGAGGAAAUAAGUGGAAUGAAUAAAUGGUCGUUUAUGAAGAGCCGCGGUGCUCUGGUCUUGGAAAAAGCUCGCAAGGAGAUCAAGAAAGCUUCUUGCAACAUGGCAAACCCCCUCAUGCUGAUGGCUCCACCUUUCGAUAAGCCCAAGGAGACACUUAAGUAUCUGGCCGACAAGGGAAACGUGAAGAUGGACUUCCAUCAUGGCACCACCACUCUGGGAUUUAUUUACCAAGGCGGUAUUGUCUUGUGCGUGGACUCCCGCGCCACAGCUGGGGCCUACAUUGGAUCGCAUGGCAUGAAGAAAGUGGUGCCGAUAAGUGACUACAUGCUGAGCACCAUAGCCGGGGGAGCAGCGGACUGCUCCUACUGGGAUCGGGUCUUGACCCGCGAAGUCCGCCUCUACGAGCUGCGCCACAAGGAGCGGAUGCCAGUCAAAUCGGCUGCUAGAUUUUUGGCCAACAUCGCCUACCAGUAUCGAGGAAUGGGCCUUUCAAUGAGCAUUAUUCUGGCUGGCUGGUCGGAUGAAGGCCCCAGCCUAGUUUACGUGGACGCCGACGGGCUAAGCGUCCCAGGUAAGCUUUUCUCCGCUGGCAGUGGAGGCGAGUGUGCUUUGGGGCUCCUGGACACUGAGUAUCGAUAUAAGAUGAGCGAUGAGAAAGCCUUCGAUCUUGCGUUUCGCUCGAUAUAUCAUGCCUCGUCGCGGGACGUGUAUACUGGCGGCGUGGUAAGCUGCUACCAUUUGGACAAGAAGGGAUGGAGGCUGGUGGCCGCCAAAGAUAGCGAGGAGCUCCGCGAAGAUUUAGCCAGUCGGAUGACUCCUCAUAACACUAAUCCUGUUUAUAAUUUUGGUGAACUACACGCGGAAACCGCUGAUGAUGAGCUAGGAUCUCCUAUGCAGAAGAGGAGGCGUACUGAUUGAAGUAACUUGUUUGUAUAUUUUAUAAUUUUGUGUGAAAACUUAGAAAGCGCCGCAAAAUAAUGCUGAGUAAAUGGUUCUGUUUAUUUUCUAA